CAAAAGAAGAAGAAGAAGCAGAAACAGCAGAAAGAGAAGAGUUGUUGCUGCUGGAGUUUACUUGUUGAAUGACAGGAGACUAAAGUUGUUUUGGGGUUUUUUUGUGGUUUCACAGUUUGGCAAAGACUCAGCACGUUUCUGCGCCGAGUCGCAGAGUUUCUGACACCUGACUGUGAACUUCGCUCCGGAAAAUGCGGGACCGAACUAAAGAAUUAGGAAACAACGCCGAAGCUUCAGACGAGGAUGAGGAGGGCAAAGCUUUGAUGAUCAGACCUGGAACAUCUUCAGCCAAAGAUGAUAAGGAAAAUGAUGCUUUCUUCAAAAAGGUGCAAGAAAUCCAGGAGGGCCUGCACAACCUCAAACGAAUGGUUGCUGACCUUGAGACCAAACAGAAGACGGUGCUGGGUGUUCCGCUGCCGGAGGAGAGCACGAAGAAGGAGCUACAAACACUCAGAGAGGAGAUCAAAACAUUGGCGAGCCAGAUCCAGAGAAAGCUGAAGAGUAUUGAAUCCAAGAAGGGAGAGGAGGAUGGAAAAUAUAUACCCAUUAAUGUUCGGAUGCAGCGCACACAGCACGGCGUCUUGUCCAAGGAGUUUGUGGAGCUGAUGGGUUACUGUAACACCAUCCAGGCCGAGUACAGAGAUCGCAAUGUGCAGCGAAUACAGAGGCAGCUGAAAAUCACUGGCGCCAACGUGACGGAUGAGGAGCUGGAUUCGAUGCUCGAAAGCGGGCAGACGGAUGUUUUCACCCAAAAUAUCCUGAUCGACGCUAAAGCUACGAAGCAGGCGCUGAAUGAGAUCGAGUCCCGACACGACGAGAUCCUGAAGCUGGAGAGGAGCAUCAAAGACCUUCACGAUAUGUUCCAGUAUCUCGCCAUGGAGGUGGAGGCUCAGGGCGAGAUGGUAGACAGGAUCGAAAACAACAUCAAGGAAUCGUCUAACUACGUGGAGAAAGCAAAGGAAGACACCAAGCAGGCGGUUAAAAAUCAGCAGAAAGCGCGCAAGAAAAAAGUUUGGAUCGCAAUCUGCUUGGCCAUCCUCAUCCUCAUCCUCGUCAUCGCAUUGGCCACCACCUUCACCUAGUUACGCUAGACAGCCGCUGUAAGUCGGCUACAGGCAGAAGCACAUUACGGAUUCAGAAACUUUCCUUUCAUGUAAAUACAUCAGCCCACAGGAUGUACGGGUGAACAUAGUCAAUGGAAUUCGUCUGUCUUUGCCCGUUUCACAUUGUCUCUCUAACCCUUCUGUCCACCUAACAGGCUUGUUUGUGUCCUAGACGCGAUGUGCUCUCUGUCCCUUAAACUCACACACGACUUCAGUCUUUCCUGCAGCUCCAGUCGAGGCAGUGCUGCAGGUUCAUGUCAGUUUCUCUUCUGCAAAACAAAGAGCAGGAAAAAAUUAUGAACUGUUACGUCCUUCCCCUCCCUCCUGCAUGAAAGAGGAAAUAACCUCGAGCAAGGCAUAAUGCAGUAUUGAAACCCAACACUGGCGCUGAUCAUGCUGUACUCAGGAAAACUGCCGUCGACUCUUGUUGCUUCUGGACGAAUUGGAGACGUAAAGAACAAUUUUAUAGAGUAAGGCUUUCUUUUAUAGGCAUAUAUAGACUAAUAUAAUUGUACAUAACCUAUAUUGCUGGGGAUUAAGAUACUGUAUACUAUAUGCAGAUUAUUUUUAAAACUUGAAACUUGUUUCAAACUGACUACGUGAAACAAAUGUAAAUACAGAUUUUUUUUGGUGUGAAAUAACUGCCCCUGUUUUGCUUUUUUUUUCUCUUUAAUUUUACAAAGGUGUCUCAGCCCUGCAAUAACAGGCCCAAGGUCCUGUUUAUUUGUCCUACCAGUAUGUAUUUAUGAUCUGAACACUGUGUAAACUAUGAGAAAAGUUCUGCAACACCACAAACCUUUCUCCAAAACUGUGCCUUCUCCUUUAUAUCAAACUGAGAAUGUGUUGUUGUGCACUAACAUUGUCAAGAAGGGAUGGACUGAGUUUUUAAAUCUGUUUAUAUGAGUCUAAAUUCACACAGUAACGUUGCAGCUGUGAGAUACCUGUUGUUUUUUUUUUUUCCUUCACCAGUCUGUCACAUUGUCCAAGAUCUUCGUCCGGUUUAGGUUAUUCUGCAGGUAAAUCCUGUCGCGGCGAUGUGUUUGCUAACCAGGAAACACAUUUCUGGACACAAACAGAACCUGUUCAGGCCACAAUGUGACGAAUCUGUCGACAAAAACGACCCAAAACUGUUCGAGGAAGUUCAGCUCUCGCGGAAGUCUCUUUGGGAAAAGACUGAACGAGGAGAGAGCGGCGACUUUGCUACUGUGUAAAAUUAUGGCUGUUGAAUUUUGCAUCACAUUUAUUUUAAUAUAGGUUUGUUUUUAAAAUAAAAUACUGCCAUGUUCUAUCA